UGUGUCUGCCGCUGUGUGCCCGUCGGUGCGUGCCCCCGGUGUGUGCCCGCGGUGCGGGUGCGGAGCCCCGCUCCGUCGGAGGAGUUCGCCGGCCGCGCUCCGCUGAGCGCUCCCGAGCGGCGGAGCUGCCUGGUCCGGCGUGCCCGGUUCCCGAUGUAGCUCAGGAGCCGAGGGGCUUCAGCGGCAGUUUGUACUACAGGCCCGCUUUUUUUUUCUCCUUUUUUUUUCUUCUUUCCCCUUGCCUGGGGAGGUUUUGGUAUUAGGAAUGUCCUUGGAGUAGAGAUGGGAGAUAAAGUGUAAAGUAACUUUCAGAAUUGGUUUCUGAAUUACGAUGCCUUUUGAUUGCAAGACUGCUGAAAUGCUUUGAGGGCUGUGUCUCCUUUCCUAACCAUGAACAGUUCAAAAUCACCGGGGCUGGCUGGAUUUGGAGUCUUGAAAAACACGACGUGCCACACGGAGAAAAAGAUUUCAGUUUUCUUCUCAAUAAUCUUCAUGACAGUGGGAAUUUUGUCCAACAGUCUUGCAAUAGUAAUUCUCAUGAAGGCAUACCAGAGAUUCAGACAGAAAUCAAAAGCCUCCUUUUUGCUUCUUGCCAGUGGUUUGGUUGUCACAGAUCUCUUCGGCCACCUGAUCAAUGGAGCCAUUGCGGUCUUUGUGUAUGCCUCAGAUAAAGACUGGAUUCGGUUUAACCAGUCCAACAUUCUGUGCAGUGUUUUUGGCAUCUGCAUGGUUUUCUUUGGUUUGUGCCCACUCUUCCUGGGCAGUGUGAUGGCUGUUGAACGGUGCAUUGGAGUCACCAAGCCAAUAUUUCACUCUACAAAAAUGACUUCUAGACAUGUGAAAAUGAUGUUGACUAUGGUAUGUCUGUUUGCUGUUCUUAUAGCUUUGCUGCCUAUUCUUAGGUUUAGAGCCUACCAAAUUCAAGCAUCGAGGACCUGGUGCUUCUAUAAAACAGAACAUGUUGAGGACUGGGAAGACAGAUUUUAUCUCUUACUUUUUUCUUGCCUUGGGUUCCUGGCCCUUGCUAUUUCAUUCCUGUGCAAUGCUGUCACAGGAAUUACCCUCUUAAGAGUCAAAUUUAAAAGUCAACAAAGACAAGGCAGAUCGCAUCAUUUUGAAAUGAUCAUUCAGCUCUUGGCUAUAAUGUGUGUUUCUUGCAUUUGCUGGAGCCCAUUCCUGGUGGCCAUGGCCAGGAUUGGGCUUAGGGAAGGCCACUCAGAGGACACGUGUGAGACGCUCCUGUUCGCCCUGCGCAUGGCCACGUGGAACCAGAUCCUGGACCCCUGGGUGUACAUCCUGCUCCGCAAGGCUGUCCUCAGGAACCUCUACAAGAUCACCAGCGGCUGCUGCGGCGUGCACGUCAUGAACUUACACAUGUGGGAGCUCAGCUCCAUCAAGAAUUCUCUGAAGGUUGCAGCGAUAUCAGAGUCACCAGGAAGUUCCAAACAGAUAAACCUCCAGCCUCUCAGCUCCAUGGGACAGUAAAGUUUAACUGAAAGUUAAACUAAAGUUUAACUAUGAAGAGAUGAUGGAGGCAACGCUCCUACAUGGGCAGUACCCUAAAAUGAGUUCCAAGGCUCAGUGGUUUGGCAUUUGUUUUAAAUUGUGAGUGGUUUGCUAUUGUUGCUUACCAGUUUGAUAUUGCUACUCCAAAAGAUGCCCUUGAAUGUUUUAAUUCACUUCAGUACGUGGAAGGGAAAAAUAUAGAUGAUUUGGAAGGGAUGUAUUCUAAAGUGCAGAGGGCUCCUUGUAACACUCCCCACCAAACCUUUCACCUUAACAGGCUUUUUAAAAGUGCAGAAGUGAUCUCUGCUUUUUAAAAGGGUGGUUUUUAAAAGGGGUAGAUUUUUUUCUACCAGAGAUACCCUCAAAUCCUUUGCAGAGUCACUGUUUUCUAGAGUAAAGUCAAGCAUUCUUUCCAUAAGGGUAUUCUGUGCUUCUAGGCAUUGAAUUUACCGAUUGUAUGUAUAAAAGACAUGUUGCUUGUGCCCAGUUUAUUAAAUGAUCCACUGUGCUUGGUUCAUUGACUUGAUCUCGUAAUUAUUUAGUGUUCCAUGAAUUUUUGGGAGAGCUGCGAACUCUGCGUCAGUGUUAGUGUUCCUUUGAAAUCAUUGACAAAACCUGAGGUUCCCUUUGGGAACAGAGAAGCAGAUGAUCUCAGCUUCCUUAUAGUUAUGUUUUGAGGUGUAUUGGUGAGCUUUUAGUCCUUUCAGCAAUUCUGUUGAAACUUACAGGCAUAAAGCAGUGGUUGAUCUGUGAAAACAGUAAUUUUCCCCCUUCCCUCCUGAACUGAAGGAUGAUUCUGGCAGCGUUCCCCAGGUGCAUGUACUGAAAUACCCAUGUGGUACAUCUGCUUCAUUUGUCAAAGGUCACACUUGUGUCGUGAACAUGUGUGUGACCAAAUGAGCACCUCUGCAGGGAACUGCUUUGGGAGCAGGGUUUAGUUUGUGAGAGCAAACUGAAUGCUCAGUUUUUGCAGGGUCUGUGUCUGAAGAGCUGAGAGCAUUCAAUAAGUUGAAGGUACCAGAAAAUUUUCAGGACAGCUUCACACAGAAGGCCCUUCACCUUUAAUGCUGCUAAAAGAAGCUUUGGUUUUUGUGACUGUAUGCUGUUCAGAAGCCAAUAGGUCUGGCUUAUUUUUACCUACUUAACUUCAAAUAACUACGUUAGUGAAGUGUUGGUAUAUUUGAACAAAGUAGUUAAAAACAGAUCCACUAAGAAGACAGUCUGAGGGACCAAAACUAUUCACAAAGUACAAAUUCAUAUUGUAUGUGAGAAUAGUUUGUAAGCCAGAAAAUAAAAACCCAAUAGGUUUAAAUAUUUCUUUUUUUAAAAUUUUUUAAAGCUAUUUCCUUUUUGUUUUAAAAAGGUUGAAAAAUAAGUGGGUUAAGUAACCCUGUACUAAAGUGGCUUUAUUUACCCUGAAGAAUUUCUGUAUGUGAUUUUUUUUUUUUCUCAGUCAUAGGGCUGAUAAAUGGUGGACAGAUUUGAUGCUGGUAUAAGUUCUGCACUAUUGCUUCAUGUGAGUUCUGCUGAAAUCUGGAAGCAUUCAGUCAGUGCUUAGUGUGGCUUUUUCAUUUCAUAGAAUGUGAUGUCAGUGUAUCUGUUGACAUAAAUUAUUUGUUCCCUAUGGAAGUGUGUUGUUUUAGCAGCUGCAAAAUAAUGUUGGUCCAUAAAUUGUUGAGAUAUUUGAUUGGUGAAUGAAGCUUGAAAAUGUUCCAUUUUGUUGUGUGAAUAAAUAAAUGUAGCUUGUGUUGUUCACUCUGGUUGGCUUGUAAAACAACAGAGCAAAGUUUAUAUGUAUAUGUGAUUUCUUAUAUUUUGUGUACUGAUACCCAUUGAAUGUAAAUUGCAAAGCCUCAUUAAAGUUACCAAACU